AUUUUAGUGCCAGACGAAGUUACCUGAAACGAGCCUCGGUGGUUGGGCGCCGUGGUUGGUCUUCAGAUACGCUGAGAUAUUGACGACCUGUCAAUCGCAAAAUCCUUGUCCUUCGACCGAGUCGCGCAGGAAGUUCGCUCGCGAGGAUCCUUCGAAAUUUGUAUUGCUUGCGAGGUCGACGAGGUUUCCUUCGAUCGAGGUGGAUCUUGUCAUUCCAGCGAAGUCACGCGAGAACAUAAACAUCACGGAGGACUGUUGUAACCUGGCGAAUGUUGAAGAGGUCAAAGAUCCACGACGCUUGAAGUCUCGGUGGAGUCCCGAUAGAAGAACGCGCCGUUCUUUAUUCGGAUUCUGAUAAGAGAUCCAGUUUAUACCUCAGUCGGAUUCUCAUGCUGGAGUAAUCUUCCACAAGGACAAGACUUCCUGGGAUUCUACACACAUCUCCGAUACUGUGGACUUGUCUUGUGCCGAUUCUCGAAUCUUUAUUCUUGCAGUGACUCACACCGGCGAGUUAACGUUGACUUGAUAAACACAAAAAAAUCGCUCGUUUCAUAUAAUGUCUUAGCGACGUAACGAAGUCAAGAAGAGAAGAGGUCGAUAAAUAUCACGGCAAAGAAAUUAAAUACUUUAUAAUUAAAAUAUUUAGUACUUUUUUUCGCGCAAGAGCGUAAGAUUCCCUUCGACGAAUGUGCGAAGAUCGAUGCUGAUUUCCAACGAACUUGCAGUCAAACGCCAAAUUUGUUGAGCACAUUGCAAAUCUCUCGUUAUAAAGACAAGAGUGAAGAUAGAAUCAUCAUGAGGCCACCCGCGUACAAUACCGAGGAGGUACAGCAGAUCUCACAGGAACAAGGCGAGAGGAAUGUCGCGAUGGCGGUCUGCGUGCAACUAGCUGGCCGCGCGAUCAUCAGGGUAAUCGCGCGAUGCGAGGAAGCCCAGGACAAUUGUAAUCUAGACCUAUCGGAGUGCCAGCUCAUGCAGAUCCCAGACGCGGUCUACCAUUUAAUGCGACACACGGAACUGAAGAGAUGCGAUCUUUCCGGAAACGUGAUCACGAAGAUCCCGGCGAAGUUCGCCGUCAAGUUCUCGCUGAUCACCGAACUGAAUUUGAGUCACAAUCAAAUGAGCAAGCUGCCCGAGGAGCUCGCCGAACUGCAGGCUCUAGAGCGACUCGACAUCUCGCACAACACUUUCAUCGCUCUACCACCUGUCGUCUGGCGGAUGCCGCAGCUCAAGCGGCUCCUGGCCAACAACAAUUUUAUCAUCGAGGUCGACGUGGAGAGACUCAGGCACGCACCCGUUUUGGAAUUCGUCGAUCUUCAGGCGAAUCCGUUAUCGGCCAGAAUACACGAACUCUUGGGCACUCUGACUAGGAUCAAAAUCGAGCUGAGUCCUCGGCAGGUGGAAGGUUGGGAGGACCUGAACGUUUGAAACCUGCGCGAGAGCAGCCGAUCUCGCGGAAGACGGCCGACGGACAAGACCGUCCUCGCGUCCUCUCGACGAAGAUUGCUCAAACUUCGCGGACUAGCAGUAACAUCGACAUUUUUUGUACAGUGAUAACACGAUGGACUGUGUGUGAUAACGGGUAACCGCGCGGAUCACCACUCGAAACGGUCCGCUUCUAUCGUAUUUGUAAAUGCUAUUUUAGCGAUCUGUACUUUAUUACUGGAUCAGUCGUCGAUCUCGCAGAGAGAUUGAUCGAUCCCUCGUGUUUCUUUUGUACCGCGUGGAUUUUUAGAUUUUAUCCCGAUGCAAACGAACCGUGAACGACAACGAUGAUGUCUCGACACUUUGUUGAAUUCAAGGAUUUCCGGUUCCCAGAAUCCUGGAAUCUUAUUAGACAUUUGCAACGAGGAGUGCUUUGUUUUUUAUCAUCGUAGAUCUUUAGAUUCAUAGAAUCUGCUUUGGGACGGAGAUUUCUAACAUUUGUCUCAAAUUCUUAGAAUGGUUGGAUUUGUCAAGUAAUGAAUAAAGAAAUCUGUAUAUGCGGAUCCUUGAAUUCCUGAUCUAGCGUGUCGUUCGUGGACGUACGAUUGUAUCGACGAUAUUUUUAACGUAAUUGUUGUCCGUCGACGUUAUGGACAAUUUACCGCUACGGACUGCCGAUUUAUGUAUACACGCCGCUCUACACUCCUUAAUACUUAACUCAUUGCAUUCGAGCAUCGUGAAUAUGACGCACAACGUAACACGACGUAACGAGACGUUACUGUGUAAUUUUUCAUAAAGUGAUUCGAUAUGUCACAUUCACAAAACAUAGCGAAAUAACGUAAAGAUGAAAAGUAUGAGAUUUUUCAUAAAUUCUUCGUUCGUUGAGAAUCUUUUCCCAAUUGCUAUGCGCAUUUUCAAUUUAGAUGUGAAGACUAUUAUGCAACAUAAAUUUAUAAAUUACAAAUAAAGUCAGAUUUUGUAAGUAGAAAUCGAGUACAAAGAGUUAAUAUGCAAAAGGGCGACGAAUAACGGAAACACCAUUAAGUAGCUGUUAGCAGUAUGGAUGCAGGGUGUCCCGCGAGAAAAAAAUUAUAAAUUCGCCGACGCAAAUUUGCGCGUAUCUUCGCAAAGCUGUACAAACAUAUAGAAUCGUACGUGUUUUGCGAAUACAACAGCGCGAAUAACGAUUAUAUUCUUAAAUUUGUCUUAGUCUUCUGAAUUUCUUUUUUUAUCUAGUCAAUCGUCCUUGGAUGUAUGGAUCUGUAGAUUUGCAGAUCGUUCUUUAUGGAUUCAUGGAUUUUACAAUUCGUGGAUUCUUUGAUUUGUAGAUUUUCAAUUUUUUAGAUCCUAGAUAUUUGACUAGACUUUCCACAAAUCCUUAGUUUUAUAUAAUACAUCCAAGGAUUUAUAUAGAAAUUUCAACACAAUGUGAGACACGCAUUAUAACGAUAUAACAGAAUAAAAAUGAGAACACCUUUUGUCUUCCUUUCUUAUUGGAUUGGCAAAAUUUAUUACUAAUUUAUUAGACUGAACGUCCGUGUUUUGAUUGUAAUAAUUAUUAUACUGCAAUUUGUAUUCUAAUCGUAUUCUUGCAAUGUGUCGAAAUGACUCGUAUUGCAAAUUGAAUAUAUUUACACUAUUAAUCUGAAUUUUACGCUUUGAUUUUUUUAUACGGUAAAGACCUCUCGAUAUAUCAAUUUUUAAAUUUUAUACAAUGUAUCUCAUGAUUAAAUAUGAUGCUAUUUUCCAUUUUAACGAGAAAAUAGGAACUGCACAAUGUUUGUGGAACAGACAAACUAUUUUAGUCAGGCAGAAAUUUACGACAUUCUGUAUUACAGAAAAUAAACGAUAGAAAAGUG